AGGUCCGCGCCGGAAGUUCGGUUGGUGGUGUGUACAGCUGCCGUAAACAUGGCGAACCGGACCGUGAAAGAUGCGCACAGUGUGCACGGUACUAACCCGCAGUACCUGGUGGAGAAAAUUAUACGCACCCGAAUAUAUGAAUCCAAGUACUGGAAGGAGGAGUGUUUUGGACUCACAGCUGAGCUGGUGGUGGAUAAGGCAAUGGAGCUAAAAUUUAUUGGGGGAGUAUAUGGUGGAAACAUAAAACCCACACCAUUCAUGUGCCUGGCUCUAAAGAUGCUGCAGAUCCAGCCAGAGAAGGACAUCAUUGUGGAGUUCAUAAAGAAUGAAGACUUCAAGUAUGUGCGUGCUCUGGGGGCUCUUUACAUGCGACUUACUGGUACAGCAACCGACUGCUACAAAUAUCUGGAGCCGCUGUAUAAUGAUUAUCGAAAAAUCAAAACCCAGAACAGGAAUGGAGAGUUUGAGCUCAUGCACGUUGAUGAGUUUAUUGAUCAGCUCUUGCACGAAGAGCGUGUUUGUGACAUAAUAUUGCCUCGAUUACAGAAACGCUUUGUGUUGGAGGAGACGGAGCAGCUGGAGCAGAGAGUGAGUGCACUGGAGGAAGACAUGGAUGAUGUGGAGACCAGCGAGGAGGAAGAUGACGAUGAUGACAAGGGGAGAGAACCUUCUCCUGACCAUCACAGACGAAGUUACAGAGACUUGGACAGACCACGCAGGUCUCCAUCGCCUCGAUAUAGACGUAGCCGGAGCCGCUCCCCAAGAAGACGCAGCCGCUCUCCAAAGAGAAGGAGCCCAUCUCCUCGUCGGGAACGUCAUAGAAGCAAAAGCCCAAGGCGGCAUCGCAGCCGAUCACGGGACAGACGGCACAGAUCCAAGUCAAAGUCUCCAGGACAUCAUAGAAGUCACAGGCACAGAAGUCAUUCCAAGACCCCUGAGAGAUCGAAGAAGAGUCACAAAAAGAGCCGUAGAGGGAAUGAGUAGAACAGACUGAUACAGAGGUCACCCGCUGGGAAUGUUUUUGUAUAUAAAUUGUCCAGAAUGUCUCUUUCAUCACCAGACGCUGUGUUGAAGUGAAGUUUUUUUCUUUUAGUCAUUUCAAUUGGAAUAGAAUUUUUAAUAAAACAUUAAUUGAUAGUAA